AUGUUCCUCAAAAUAUUAGCCAUCCUGGCUACUACCAUUGCCGUCAUCUUCUCCACCCUCAUCCCCAUCGGCCUCUGGGCAGGCCCCAACCAUAACUCCCCGCCCUCCCAGUCACCGGCCCCGAAGACGCCGAAGACCGCGUUUGCACGCCCCCCCUUAACAACCACCACUCCAGCCGCCUCCCCGAUGACACCCCAUCAUCCCUCCCUCUCAGCACCAGAGCUCGCGCAGCUCGCACGCCCGUAUACGGAAUGGGCGCCGAAGCCGUUUUCAGAGCUGCCCGGGCCGGCGUUGGUGCCGGGGAUUCCUGGUAGUGGAGUGUCGCCGCCGGUUAGUGUUGCCUACGUGAGCACCGCAAACGCCGUCCUGUAUGUUUUGCUGCCUAUGGAGCGGCGGCAUCGAAGUCGCAUAUAUGCACUGAACAAGCUCGCCAUAUUCUUCAGACAUGGGUAG